AUGGGUGAUGUUGAAAAAGGCAAGAAGAUCUUUAUUCAGAAAUGUUCUCAGUGCCAUACAGUUGAAAAAAGUGGAAAGCACAAGACCGGACCAAAUCUUUGGAGUUUAUUUGGCUGCAGGACAGGAUAAGCUGUUUUCCUGCUCAGAGGCAAACAAGAAGAAAGAAUUACCUGGAGUGAGAGUACACUGGAGUAUUUGGAACCUAAGAAAUACAUUCCUGGCACAAAAAUGAUUUUUGCUGGAAUUAAAAAGCAGAAUGAAAGAGCCGACAUUAUUGCAUACUUGAAAAAAGCAACUUCUUUGUGAACCAUUGCUGCUGCAGCUGUUAUGACACUGAAAAAACAUUUUGAAUUUUGAUGAGCUACUAUGUCAAGUUUUAGUGUGUUGAUAUUUAUUGUCUAUUAGGGCCUUAAAAUCAAAUAAAAGUAUGGUUCAGGGUGCUGCAUCUUCAUAAACAACUUCAAGAGGUAAACAUUACUAACAUUGAAUCAUGUAUUUCAUACAUCUUUAAGGAGUACACUACAUGAAAUAUUGUUCCCUUCCCUAAGCAGAGAGUCCAAUUCUAUAACUAGUUAUUCAAAGACCACUGAAACUAUGUGUUAUUUGGUUAUAGCUAAGCAAAUAGGAAGGUCUCUAUAUCAGG